CAAAACUGGUCGAGGGGAGGUGAAUCGGCUGUUGGACAAGGACUGGGGAUCCAUAAGUUAUUGGGAACAGAGGAUUGAAACGUCCGACUUCACAACAGCCUAUCAUGUCUUCAGCGGAUAAGGCGAGGCAGUCAUCUGGCGGCAAAUCUUCCUUCUUCUCACGAUCCAGCAAGAAGGACAAGAGAAAUGUCAGUGACGAGGGCAAGCUGGGGGCAGAUCUUGACCGAGCCAGUAAUUACACGGGAUCACGAACAUCACGACAUACGCGAGGCUCAUCAGUCGUGUCAAUAGACCGGCCCAAUUCGCCUGGCGCGGAUCAGACUGGACUGAACAUGAUGGCGGGAGUUAUCACAUCUAUUCCGUAUGACAGUGUUGCGGCGGACAGCAGAUCGCCAAUACCUGUCGAUUAUCUGCCCAGGAACGAUCAGAUGCCCGUCCGGAGGGAACCUCUACCGCAUCACUUAAAUAAAGGUGGGAGUGACUUUCACCAAUAUCCGUCCUUCGACGCUACCUCCGUAUCAAAUGGCAGCUCUCAUCCAUCGGGACCACGACCUCCACCACAGGUAUCGAAUACCACGAUGGCGUCUACUGGAAAUCGCACCACCCAACUACAGCAGUGGGGUCCUGGCAGAGCAAGUGGCGCAAGCACAAUGACUGGGCACAAUUCGAGAUAUGAUUCAUACUCUACUAAUCAAUCUUCAACUUAUGGACGCAGCUCAUAUGACCAAUCGAGCGUGGACAGCAGCACAGAGCGUUCAAGCGUAUUUUCGUCUGGAAGCUCUUCGAGAACCGCCAUGCCAUACUCGAACUCGAACAGCUCAUUUGCGAGCACUCUAUCUCCAUCGCAUGCGCCGAGAGAGUCGCAUCGUUUAACGAAAUUCCCACAUCACCAGGCUUCAGGCUUCGAUUCGACGUCAUCUUUCGGUCCAGAUAAACAGCCCGAUGAUGAUGUUGUUGUCGAGAGGGAAUUUUUGGCUUUGAUGCAGAAGCGAGGAUGGCACCACCUACCAGAACAAGCUCGGCGUCAAAUGAUGGCAUAUCCUUCCGCAAAGAAAUGGACACUUGUGCAUCAAGAUCGCUUGACAGAGCACUCGGGCGAGCAAAAGCGACGGACCGUGGCGAAGAACAAUGGACAGUAUGGACAAUAUGGCAAAGAGAUGGAAAUGCUGGCCAACGCAGAAGAAGAGGGCACUCCAGAAUGGUUUGUGAAGAAGGUCAUGGACAACAGUAUCUCGGCAAAACAAUUGCAGAGUCUUGCGGUCAGCUUGCGCACUCAACCUAUCGGCUGGGUUAGGACUUUCGUCGAGUGCCAGGGCCAGGUAGCACUCACGAAUGUGCUUGGAAAGAUAAACCGAAGGCAAGCUCAGGGACCCGCGCCAGCUGAUGGAUCAACAAGUGAUAAGGACCUGGAUCGAGAGUACGAUAUCGUGAAAUGUCUGAAGGCUCUUAUGAACAACAAAUUCGGCGCCGACGAUGCUUUACACCACCAACAGGUCAUUGUAGCCUUGGCUACCUCCUUAAUCUCACCAAGACUAACCACAAGAAAACUUGUCUCUGAAGUUCUGACAUUCUUAUGUCAUUGGGCAGAUGGCCAAGGUCACCUCAAAGUCAUACAGGCUAUGGACUAUGUCAAAAAUCAACAUGGCGAGAACGGCCGUUUCGAUGCAUGGAUGCGUGUUGUCGAAGUCACAGUCGAUGGCCGAGGCAAAAUGGGCAGUCUUGUUGGAGCCAGCGAAGAAGUCCGAAGUGGUGGCAUUGGCAUGGAGAACCUUCUCAUGGAAUACGCCGUAGCUACACUAUUCUUGAUCAACAUGAUUGUGGAUGCUCCUGAGCGAGACUUACAGCUCCGUGUUCACAUUCGAGCACAAUUUACAGCAUGUGGCAUCAAGAGAAUCUUGACCAAGAUGGAAGGCUUCCAAUACGACGUUAUCGACAAGCAGAUUGAAAGAUUCCGAACCAAUGAAGCUAUAGAUUACGAAGAUCUUCUGGACAGAGAGAAUAGUAGUAUGAAGGAUAGUAUCGAAGGGGAUGUUAAAGAUCUCAAUGAUCCGGCUCAAAUCGUCGAUGCCAUCAUGUCUAAGGUCCAGGGAAGCAGAACUCAGGACUACUUUGUUUCUGCUCUUCAACAUCUUCUGCUCAUCCGAGAUAUAGAUGGUGAAGAACGUUUAAGGAUGUUCCAGCUUGUGGACUCUAUGCUCAGCUAUGUUGCUAUGGACCGAAGAUUGCCUGACAUGGAUCUCAAGCAAAGCCUGAAUUUCACUGUUCAGAGUUUGCUCGACAAGCUUCACACAGAUUCGGAAGCUCGCCAAGCUCUUGAUGAGGCACUGGAACAGCGCCAAAUUGCCGAUUCGGCUAUGGCGGAGCGUGAUGAAAUGAAAGCACAAAUUGAGCUCGGAGCCGAUGGUUUGGUUGCAAAACUACAAAAAACCAUCCAAGAACAAUCCCAAUACAUCGAAGCCCAGAAGCGACAAGCAGAUGCUCUCAAGGCUGAGGUAGAGAACCUCCAAAUGGUUCGUGCUAAGGAAGCUCAAAGAUACGAGCUCGAAACUAGAGAACUCUAUCUUAUGCUUCGUGACGCCCAAGAUAUUGCUGCAUCGAACGCUGCUAAGGGUGCAAAUGGCGCACUGGCUCAGAGUGAUCCAUCUCAGAUGAAGGGUAUACUUGACCGAGAGAAGCUUAUGGAUCGCUUGGAAAUGCAAAUCGAGCGUCAAAAGACUCAGUACAAGUUAGAAGGAAGAGUAUGGGGAGAUGCUGCUGGUCCUUCCGAUCGUUUGCGUGCACUCCGUGAAGAGAUGGAUGGAGAUCGCCCUGCUGGGGGAGCUACACCGCCAAGAGACUACACAAACAGCAUGCUUGGCAGUGUUACUCGUCAAACAAGGAUCCCUCGCAAGCCUGUCAAUUCCCAGGAGAUCAUUCCUGAAGACGAGGACAUUGAUGAUGAAGAUGGUGCAGUCUAUGAGAAGCCAAGACUUGUUGAGCUCAGACGACCUAAGCAAGCACCGGGAUAUCUAGACGAGAUAAGCUCCAAGGUUAAGCGAUAUGAUGCUAGUGACGAUGAAGAGGGCGACGGGGUUACUACGGGACCUUCACACCCAAGUCUUGAGUCCAACUCACCAAGAACGCCGAACGAUGAUGUUGUAUCCAGCAGCAAACCAGACAAGACAGAAGGCUUCAAUGGACCUCCACCCCCACCCCCACCUCCUCCACCGCCUCCAGGAUUCAAUGGACCACCGCCUCCCCCUCCACCACCUCCUCCACCAAUGCCUGGAAUGUCUGGACCACCACCUCCGCCCCCGCCACCUAUGCCAGGAUCUAUGAUGCCUCCUCCACCACCCCCUCCGCCUAUGCCUGGAAAGAUGUCAGGCAACUUCCUUGCUUCUCAACCAACAUACGCUGCUGUACCUACUCUCGGAUUACCAGUGGCGAGAUCUAAGAAGAAGCUUAAGGCAUUGCAUUGGGAGAAGGUUGACACACCUCAGACAACUCAUUGGGCGGCGCAUGCUCCUACUCCACAAGACAAAGAAGAGAAGUAUGCAGAGCUAACACGUAAGGGUGUUCUUGAUGAAGUCGAGAAGCUCUUCAUGGCCAAAGAGAUCAAACAGCUUGGAAAGGGUUCAAGCAAGAAGGAAGAAAAGAAACAAGUCAUCUCCAGUGAUCUCAUGAGAACUUUCCAAAUUUCGCUGGCCAAAUUCUCAUCAUAUUCUGUUGAGAAGAUUGUACAGAUGAUCAUCCACUGUGACAAGGAAGUCUUGGAUAACAGCGUCGUCAUGGAAUUCUUGCAGAAGGAAGACAUGUGCAAUGUUCCAGAAAACACGGCAAAGUUGAUGGCACCAUACAGCAAAGAUUGGACAGGUCCAGAUGCCAACAAGGAGAAUCGCGAGCAAGAUCCUUCUGAGCUCACCCGAGAAGAUCAGAUCUACCUGCAGACCGCAUAUGAAUUGCACCACUACUGGAAGUCAAGAAUGCGCGCCCUUGCGUUGACCCGAACAUUUGAACCAGAGUAUGAUGAGGUCUCAGAGAAGCUCAAACAAGUUGUGGCUGUGUCAGAAUCAUUGCGAGAUUCAGUCUCCCUGAUGAAUGUUCUUGGUCUUAUUCUUGACAUUGGUAAUUAUAUGAACGAUUCGAACAAGCAAGCCACUGGUUUCAAGCUCAGCUCACUUGCACGUCUUGGCAUGGUUAAGGACGACAAAAACGAGUCUACAUUUGCCGAUCUUGUGGAGAGAAUUGUACGAACACAAUAUUCAGAAUGGGAACGCUUCACCGAUGACAUUGCUGGUGUUGUCACAUGCCAAAAACUCAAUGUGGAACAGCUCCAACAAGACGCGAGACGCUACAUUGACAAUAUCAAGAAUGUUCAAAUGUCGCUUGACUCUGGAAAUCUGAGCGAUCCGAAGAAGUUCCACCCGCAAGACCGAGUCAGCCAAGUUGUACAACGAUGCAUGAAGGAUGCCAGGCGAAAAGCUGAGCAGAUGCAAUUGUAUUUGGAAGAUAUGGUACGAACUUAUGAUGAUAUCAUGGUAUUCUACGGUGAAGAUCCUAGCGACGACAAUGCUCGCAGGGAGUUCUUUGCCAAGCUUGCCAUCUUCGUCACGGAAUGGAAGAAGUCACGAGAGAAGAACAUUCUCUUGGAAGAGACACGCAAGAAGAACGAAGCUUCCAUGAAGCGAAAACAUGCUCAGCUCAAGAUCAGUGGCACUGGGGAUGGAAGUGCGCCAAACUCACCUGUCUCAAGUGGAGCUAUGGAUACCCUGCUGGAGAAGCUGCGUGCUGCCGCGCCUCAGACUAGAGACCAACGAGAUCGUAGGAGGAGAGCACGGUUACAAAACAGGCAUCAAGUUCGCGUGGCUUCGGGACAGAAAAUUCCCGAUCCAGACGAGAUUCCAGAGGCCGAAGCUGCUUUACUGAGUCCUGAGUCUAUCGGUACUGAUGGCCUGGUCAGCCCUGACUUACCUAAGGAACUCAAUGAGGAUGAUAUUGCCGUACGAGCUGCUCUAUUACUUCAAGGCAUCAAAGGUACAGAUGGAGUUGAAGACCCAGAAGCUGCUGAGCGAAGAGAAAGCCAACGCCGCUCGAGACGAAGAGACAAUGCAGAUGAAGAGCGACGAGCUCGUCGACGCCGUAGGGAGAAAGCAAGCACAUCUGAAGGCGGUGCAGAGGCAGGUGAAGAAGAACCUCUAACGCCACAAAUUGCCGAAAUGCCAGUGGAAGGAGAGGGAAAGGAGAAAGUGCCAACUCCAACUACCGUCGUGAGCCCGCCCAGUCCUGAAGGGAGUGAGAAAAAGCCAAUCGAGAUUGGUGAUGACUGAGGAAGAGAUGAGGUGAUAUGAUGGUGUAUAAUGUCUAGUAAAGAUUUGAUAAUGCGGCCACGGUUUGAUGCG